AUGAAGGAUAUUUUUAAACCCAAGCUACCCGCGGUGGUGAUGCAUGAUAAGACGACACACCAAGUCUGCAGGGCGCUUCAUGAAACCGCCAGAGCAUAUAAGCGCGCACAUCCCUGCGCACAAGUCGCAGACUUUGCACCACAAAAUAGCCCUCAAUUAUUCUCAGGGGUUUUAUUUUUCACAGCUAGCACAAAUGUACUGCAGCUUUCCAUGACAUAUUUGGUCUCAGGUUCAGUCGUGAUACCAUGUUACGCACUGUCUAAAUUGAGGCUGAGCAACCGGAUGUGA